AUGCUCGAAUCGUCUUCCUCCCAAAUCACGCUUGUCAACCCAGAGGAAACGACGCAAUUCCUUUUCACCAAACCGAGCGUCACCAACACCACCUUUCUUUUCAAGGGACGGCCGUACUAUAAGGUCUCGACCACCGAUCCUGCUGGAUUGAUCACGAAGGUGACAGACCUUACCGCCAAUGAAGUUGUCAUCACUAUCAAGCACCGCCGGUUCCAUGCUGAUACCGUCAAGUUCGCCCAUCGCUUUGAUAGCAAAUACGUAAAAAUCAAGGAAUGGCUAGUCGAAGGGAAGAUGACCGACGGAUUCACUAAAUGGACGGUCGAUACACCCGUGGGGACUUUUGUGUGGCGCACAGACGCCGAGCUACGAUUGGCUGCUGCAACAAGAAAGGGUGUUGGAAAAGCGGUCCGGCGCAAGUCCGGAUCCAGCGUUUCCGCCAAGGCCGUCACUCAUCACGUGUCGUCACUCAUUGACGUGUCACCUCAAGUGCUCGCCACGCCCAUCGACACGAAACCACCACAAGCCUUCCGGUUUUUUUCCCUUUUAUUACGGCCUGCUUCUAGCUACUACGGCCAUUUCUCGAUGCUUGCUUUCUGGAGUCUUCUAUCUCUUGCUCUCCCCUACGCGGCGUCCGCUUCGGUGCUGGCUAUCGACUAUGGCAGCGACUUUAUCAAGGCCUCGUUGAUGAAGCCGGGCGUCCCGUUCGACGUACUACUUAACAAGGACUCAAAGCGCAAGAUUAGUUCCACAGUUGCGUGGAAGAAUGGGGACAGAUUGUUCGGACAGGAUGCCUUCAACCUGGGCUCUAGAUUCCCGAGCGACACCUUCACCUCUUUAAAACUCCUCCAGGCUGCACCAUUCGAUGCCGACGUUGUCUCCUACUUCAAAGAACUUUACCCUACGGAGCUAAUAGAAACCGACCGCAGGACUGUCAGCGUCCGCCAAACCGACGGGAAAACAUGGGCAGUCGAGGAGCUCGUCGCAAUGCAAUUUGCCUAUAUCAAACACCUCGCCGAGCUCACCGCCAACGAAAAGGUCACCGAUACCAUUGUCACCGUCCCAGCCUACUUCACCCAGUUCGAGCGAGACGCCAUCGCUGAUGCCAUCGAAAUUUCUGGUCUGAGGACACUCGCUCUCAUCAACGACGGUACAGCUGUAGCUGUCAACUACGCCAUGACGAGGUCGUUCCCGACGCCCGAGUACCAUGUCAUCUACGAUGUCGGUGCCUCGGGAAUCAGGGCAACCGUCGCAUCAUUCACCACGGGCUCCGCUGGUACGCACAUCGCAGUUACUGGUUUUGGGUAUGACCGUAGCAUUGGCGGUACCGAAAUGGACCGACGGCUGCGUGACAUCCUCGUUGAUGCCUUCAACGUCAAGCACAAGAAGAAUGUCAGGGAGGACAAACGAGGCAUAGCGAAAUUGUGGAAGGAGGCGCAGAGGGUUAAGGCCAUUUUGAGCGCAAACACCGAGGCGAUCGCGAAUAUCGAAAGCCUCACCUGGGAUAUCGACUUCAAACAUAAAGUUACCCGCGAAGAAUAUGAAGCUCGAUGCUCAGAUUUGAGGCCUACAUUUGCAAAACCCGUUGAAGACGCAUUGAAACAUGCCGGAUUGACUUUGGACAACAUCACCUCUGUUAUCCUUAUGGGCGGUGCCACGAGAACACCAAUGGUGCAGGCUGCUCUAAAAGCUGCGGUUGGAGAAGACAAAAUCGCGAUGAACGUUAAUACUGAUGAAGCUGCCGUCCUUGGGGCCGCGCUCCACGGUGCCAGCCUCUCCAGACAGUUCAAGACCAAGCCCAUCAAGGUCUCUGACAUCAGUGUGCACGAUGUGCAAGCAUCCUACUUCGCGGCUUCCUCUGUUACAAGUGCCCGCCCUAGGAGCAUCACUACCCUCAUCUUCCCUGCCGGGUCGAAAGUUGGCACGAAGAAAGUCCUGACGUUCAAGCGCAAGGAAGACUUCACAAUCUAUUUCGAUUACAAGACCUCUGCUGCUCCAGGCUUCCCCACGCGCAUGCUUGAAGUCGACCUUGGAAACGUCACUGAAGCUGUUGGGAACUUAACCGAGCGAGGAGCGGUCGACCCUGUCGUCAAAGCCACGAUCUCGCUUUCCGAGUCGGGUUUCGUUUCAGUAACAGACGCCAUCGCGUUUGGCGAGAUCAAAGAUGAUAGCCUAACUGGCAAAAUCAAGGGCCUUUUCGGUGCAGGCAGCUCUUCGUCUGAGGAAAUUACCACCGAAUCUGCAGAAAAUGUGCCACCUCGCGAUACCGAUACCACCUCGGCUUCAUCGUCGUCAUCUUCCGCGGCCCCUUCCGAGUCCUCCACUAAUGACAAGGAGAAGGAAAAACCGAAGAAAGCGGCACCCGUAGAGAACACUAUACCCCUUAACAUCGAAGUUAAAUUCACGACAAUACCCCCAAUGACCGUAGAAGAGAAGAAAGCGUCAAGGGCCAGAUUGCGUGCGAUUGACGCUGAGGAGGCUGCGAAGAGCCGUCGGGAAGAGGUCCGAAACACCUUCGAGAGUUAUCUUUAUAGACUACGCGACCUGUUGGAAGACGAGAACGACGGGGCUCCUUUCAAGAAGUGCUCACAAGAAGAGGAGAGGAAGGCGAUUGCAGAGAAGCUGGAAAACAGCUUCUCAUGGCUCCACGAUCGAGGCGACCUUGCCGAGACGUCUCAAUUCUUGGAUAAGAGGAACGCGUUAGAAACUCUCGAGAGACCCAUUAUCCACCGAUACCAGGAGAUUGAAGCCUUCCCACAAGCACUCAACAACUCACAGAUGUGGAACUGGAGCACGCGGUUAUUCCUGCAUGAGGCCCGCCAGAACCUGACGGCCGAAGCGGCCGCCGACCUCCCGUCCAAAUGGAUCAAGGAGGAGCUCGACGGGUUGGAGAAGGCGCUGAAGGAGCAUGAGAAGUGGCUUGGCGAGUGGGUCGAGAAGCAGAAGUCCGUGAAGCCGAACGAGGACCCAGUCAUUGACACGAAGGAGAUGAAGGCGCGAGCCAAGGUCCUUGAGACGCAUUUGCAGAAGUUGUGGAAGCGGAAAGUGCCCAAGGCGAAGAAACCAAAGCCGACACCCCAGACGACUGCUGCAGAGGAGGCGAAAGAGACGGCGGCUGCUGAGCCACAGAACGAACCACCAGUGGAUGGAGAGCAGAAGGCUCAGGAGCCUCCUGUGCAGGGCCAGGAGGACGGGCAGCAGGUGCCACUUCAGGACAUGCCGCUUCAUGAUGAGCUGUGA